AUGCUCUCUUCCGAUAGCAAAACGCAGCAAGUCGAAGUAAAAUACACUGAAAUUUUUAUUAAUAAUGAAUGGCACAAAGCAACAAAAGGUAAAACGUUUCAAGUGAUCAAUCCAAGCACCUGCGAAGUGAUUGCUGAUGUUGAAGAAGGCACUCGGGAAGAUGUAGAAAAGGCCGUAGAAGCUGCUCGCAAAGCUUUUCAAAGCAAUUCACCAUGGCGUACGAUGGAACCUGCUGCACGUGGAGAUCUGAUGCGCAAAUUCGCCAAUCUACUUCGACGUGACAUCGAUUAUCUAUCGAAAUUAGAAACACUUAACAAUGGAAAGCCAGUUCAUGAUAGUAUUGGAGAUAUAACACUUUCCGCAAAUUGUAUCGAUUAUUAUGCGGGUUGGGUUGAUAAAAUUACUGGUGAAACAAUUCCAGCAGGUCAUAACGAAUUUCUUUAUACUCGACAUGAACCAGUCGGUAUUUGUGGACAAAUUAUUCCAUGGAAUUUCCCGAUUCUUAUGUUGGCAUGGAAAUUAGGACCAGCACUUGCUUGUGGUAAUGUUGUGAUUUUGAAACCAGCUGAACAAACACCAUUGACAGCUCUUUAUUGCGCUGCUUUGAUCAAAGAGGCUGGAUUUCCACCUGGUGUUGUUAAUGUUGUACCAGGUGAUGGACCAGAAUGUGGAAAUGCCAUUGUUGUUCAUCCACAUGUCGAUAAGUUGGCUUUUACCGGCUCCAGUGAAGUUGGUAAAAUUGUUCAUAAAACUUCCACUGCAACAAAUUUGAAACGAGUUUCUCUCGAACUUGGUGGAAAAUCGCCCUUGAUCAUCUGCGAAGAUGCCGAUCUCGACCAAGCUGCUCAGGUUGCUCACAAAGCUCUUUAUUUCAAUGCUGCUCAGUGUUGUUGCGCUGGCUCACGAACAUUUGUUCAUUCAAAAAUCUAUGAUCAAUUCGUCGCGAAAUGCAUUGAAUAUGCCAAUAAACGCAUUGUUGGUGAUCCAUAUGACAAAAACACCGAACAAGGACCACAAAUUAGUGAAGAGCAGUUCAAUAAAAUUCUCAAUUACAUCGAAUCGGGCAAACAGGAAGGUGCAAAACUUCAAUGUGGUGGCAAACGAGCAUGUGACAAUGGUUAUUUUAUCCAACCGACGGUAUUUAGUGAUGUGAAAGACAAUAUGAAAAUCGCUCGAGAAGAGAUCUUCGGUCCAGUGAUGUCUUUGUUUAAGUUCGACUCAUAUGAAGAAGUUAUCGAACGAGCAAAUUCAUCAGAUUUUGGUUUAGCUGCUGGUGUUGUGACAAAAGAUUUAACACGAGCUUUGACACUUAUUAAAGAAUUACGCGCGGGAACUGUGUGGGUUAACGACUACAAUUCGUUUUGGAAUCAGGCACCUUUUGGUGGCUUCAAAGAAUCAGGCCAUGGAAGGGAAUUAGGAAAAUAUGGUCUCGAAAGUUAUUAUGAAGUCAAAACCGUGGGCAUCAAAUUAAUUUAA